AUGACCAACAUCCGAAAAUCACACCCACUAAUAAAAAUUAUCAACAACGCAUUCAUUGACCUCCCAGCCCCCUCAAACAUCUCAUCAUGAUGAAACUUCGGUUCCCUCUUAGGCAUCUGCCUAAUCUUGCAAAUCCUAACAGGCCUGUUCUUAGCAAUACAUUACACAUCAGACACAACAACAGCUUUCUCAUCAGUUACACACAUUUGUCGAGACGUAAAUUACGGAUGAGUUAUUCGCUAUCUACAUGCAAACGGAGCAUCCAUAUUCUUUAUUUGCCUAUUCAUCCACGUAGGCCGAGGUCUAUACUACGGAUCCUAUAUAUUCCUAGAAACAUGAAACAUUGGAGUAGUCCUACUAUUUACCGUUAUAGCAACAGCCUUCAUAGGCUACGUCCUGCCCUGAGGACAAAUAUCAUUCUGAGGAGCUACGGUCAUCACAAAUCUACUAUCAGCUAUCCCUUAUAUCGGAACAGACCUCGUAGAAUGAAUCUGAGGGGGCUUUUCCGUCGACAAAGCAACCCUCACACGAUUCUUCGCCUUCCACUUUAUCCUGCCAUUCAUCAUUACCGCCCUCGCAGCCGUACAUCUCCUAUUCCUGCACGAAACCGGAUCCAACAACCCUACCGGAAUCUCAUCAGACAUAGACAAAAUUCCAUUUCACCCAUACUACACUAUUAAAGACAUUCUAGGAGCCUUAUUUAUAAUACUAAUCCUACUAAUCCUUGUACUAUUCUCACCAGACCUACUAGGAGACCCAGACAACUACACCCCAGCAAACCCACUAAACACCCCACCCCAUAUUAAACCAGAAUGAUAUUUCUUAUUCGCCUACGCUAUUCUACGUUCAAUUCCUAAUAAACUAGGUGGAGUGUUGGCCCUAGUAGCCUCCAUCCUAAUCCUAAUUUUAAUGCCCAUACUACACACAUCCAAACAACGAAGCAUAAUAUUUCGACCACUAAGUCAAUGCCUAUUCUGAAUACUAGUAGCAGACCUCAUUACACUAACAUGAAUUGGAGGACAACCCGUAGAACACCCGUUCAUCAUCAUCGGCCAACUAGCCUCCAUCUUAUACUUCCUAAUCAUUCUAGUAUUGAUACCAAUCACUAGCAUCAUCGAAAACAACCUAUUAAAAUGAAGA